CUUAAUCCUCGAUCUAAUUGAAAUAAAUUAAAUCUCUAAGUCAAUGGAUCAGGCCAAAUUUGAAAAACUUACAAGGAACUACCAACUCCAGAAAGUAGCCAUAGGGUCUAAGACUAAGAAAGAAGUUGUCAGUUCAAAAGAAAGGAAAUAAAACAAAAGUGUUCUCAGAAGCAAUGAAUUCCUUACUUUAUCCGAACUCAACAAAACUCAGCUUGAAGUUAUCCCAAGGGCCGUACCAACAAGAUGUCCUAAAAGCGUUCAAUUCCUUUGCAGAUUCACAAAGAAGCAAAAGAGCAUCUGACUACCCAUUUGAUAACCACCACAAGAAGAAGUAUCGUGAAAUGAGUUUUGGAGACAAAAAGAACUCUUAUAACAUGAAUAGAGCAAGUUUUGCACUUCCUCAAUCGACUUUGAUUCAUUCUCGAGAGUCUAAAGGUAGUAUGAUGCUUUAUAAAUCUGGGACUCCCAAUGAAUCAAAGGCAAGUCUGGUAUCAGCAAAGAGGUUCAAGUCUCAAAGAAGUAACCGGAUUAACAAGUUCAGGAUAUAAUUUCCCCAACUCCUGUAGAAAAUACUCAACAUCAAAAGGGUGUCCAAAGGUAUUCUCUAACCAGAGAAGGGGAUCGCUUAAUGAUCGAUACAAAGGAAGUCUCCCCUGAUAGUCAAGGUGUCAGAUCCAAAAGAGAUAAUGUGAUUAAAAUGAUCAACAGAAAAUCGUCAAAAAUCUCUGCGAAUAAAGCAAAGCUUCAAAAUUCUAAAUUUUGAGAAAGCAAUAAAUCUCUAAAACAGAGCUAUUGUAGUGUUUCCCCUCGUGUAAAGACUUGGUCUCGAAGAGAUUACUGCAGAAGGGCUUUUAGAGACAAAUAAAUGGGUGAACGAAAACACAGUCACCAGUCCUCCAAACUCUUCAGAAUUUACACAUAAGGCUCCUCAGUCGCAGCUGGAUUCCAAGCUGAAGUACAUCACUGAGGUGCACUCUGAGGGAGGAAAGUAAGCCCAUUGAAUAUAAUACUGUAGGAUCCACCAGGAGAGUAAAAUUAUCUUCAAACUCUAUAGUUGAUAAAUGGAAGCAAGGAAGAGGAUGGACAAAGCUGAUUCCUGGAAAGAACCCCAGUAACUUCUACUUCCUCUUCGCUCUAGUGGAUGAAUACGACAAGAAAUUACUGAGAGAUGGUAAAUCUGAGGCAGUACAGGAGUCAGUCCAGGGAUAUCUGAAAACUAUUAAAAAGAAGAAAGCGAGAAGAGCAAGAAGGAUCAAAAGAAAGUUGUAG